AUGGCUCCCAUCUUGAACGACUACGACGGACGUCCCAGUUUCUCGUGUGCGAACUGUUCAGCUGUUAUUGCUCUCCAAGACGAGCUGAUUAGCAAGGCUUUCUCUGGGAGGGAUGGGCGUGGAUAUCUUAUGCAUUCUGCGACGAAUGUGAAGCUCGGACCGAAGGAAGACAGGCCGUUGCUUACUGGCGUGCAUACUGUUGCGGACGUCUUCUGCCUCGGCUGUGGCGACCGCGUUGGUUGGCACUAUCACAAGGCCUCCGAUCACUCGCAGAAGUACAAAGAGGGAAAGUACCUCCUGGAGCGAGAGCGCAUCGUGAAGGAAAACAACUGGACCUUGGACUCCUAG